AUGACUCCAAAAAAGUUACGAAGUUCACGUAGAAGAUCAGUUGAAGAAGAAUUGAGAAUUACAAGAAGUAGAUCAAGGAAAGAUGUUUUAGCUAAAAAAAAUAUGAAAUCUCCUGAAAGUCCAACAAAAAAAAUUUUAACUGAAGGAUUUAGUACUUUAUCAAUAAGUAAUACAGGAAAAAAAAUAAAUGAAAAAAAACAAACAAGAUCAGCUGCAAGAGAUUUAACUAAUAUUAUUGAACCUGGAAAAUGUUUUGUGACACCUUUAAUUAUUUCAAAAACUAGUAAAACGGUUAGAAAAAAAUCAGAACCAAUGACUAGAUCUAAACGUAGAACUGAAAUUAUUUCAAAAAAUGAUUCAUCUGAAAUUGACUUUUUUGCGAAUAAAAGUGAUAGUGAUGAUAAAAUUUUUUCUGCAAAAGAGUCAGAAAGUGUUUCUGAUGAAUGCCCAACACCAACUAAGAAAUCAAAAAGAAAUAAAAAUGUUACUAAUAAAAAUGGUAAAAAAAAUGAAAAUGACUUUAUGAAUUUACUAAAAUCCUUACAUACGUCUGAAAUUCCCAGCCGACUUGUUUGCCGUGAGGAUGAAACUAAUAAAAUAAAAACUUUUGUAAAAGCUGCAAUAUCUCAGUCUGGUACGAGCUCAGCAAUGUACAUUUCUGGUGUUCCAGGAACAGGUAAAACAGCAUCAACACUUCAGGUAUUAAAAGAAUUAAAUGGAACAAAGAAGAAGAAGUUUAUUUAUUGUUACGUUAAUGGAAUGGAAUUGCCUCAACCAAACAAAGUUUUUGUUGAAGUUUAUAAAACUGUUUUUAAAUCAACUAGGAUAUCACCACAAAAUGCUAGAAGAUUAUUAAAUGAAAAGUUUCUAUCGUAUGAAAAUAAAAUACCUGUUGUCAUUUUAGUUGAUGAACUAGAUUUACUUUGUACUAAAAAAUUAGAUAUAAUUUACGAUAUAUUUAAUUGGACAACAAACCCUUCUGCUAGAGUUUCAGUUAUUGCUAUAGCAAAUACCCUUGAUUUACCAGAACGACUUUUAAACCAACGAAUUAGUUCAAGACUUGGAGCCAAUAGAAUUUGUUUUCAACCUUACGAUCAUGAACAAAUUGCAAAAAUUAUUUCAAAAAGAGUAGAAGGAACAACGGUUAUUUCUAAGGAUGCUAUAAAUUUAGCUUCAAGAAAAGUUGCUGCUUUAAAUGGAGAUUUAAGAAAAGCAUUGGAUGUGGUUAGUCGAGCAACAGAAAUAGCAAUGGCAAAUAAUAAAAAUGAAGUUUCUAUAAGUUUAGUACAACAAGCUAUAAAAGAAUCUUCUUCAACAAUUGAUGUUGAAUAUGUAAGAAAUUUAUCAAUUCAUGAAAAGCAAAUUUUUGAUGCUUGUAUUUGUCAACAAUUAUCAUCAGGUUUAGAAGAAAUGUCUAUUUAUGAUACAUAUCAACAAUAUAAACGUAAUUGUUUAGAAAAAGAAAUUACUCCUAUUUUGUUGGAAAAUUUUGGAAAACUAAUAAAUAAAAUGGCAGAUUGCAAUUUACUUUAUUUGAAUAAGUUUAAUGGUUCAAUUUUAUUUAGAACUUUUAGGCUUGGUAUGACAGUAUCUGAAGCUAAAUUUUGUUUAGAAAAUGCGGGAAGUUAA